UGUAAUAUAGGAGAAAAGUCAGAGAAAAAAAAUAUGGAAAAAGAGGUGCUAAAAUGGAAAUGGAUAGCAAUAGUGGCAAGCAUGUGUGGAUUAAAUGCAGUAGCGGUGCAUCCUACACCUUCCGCAUCUACUCUCCCAUUCUCAAAUCCUCCCAAAACUACGACCAACAAACUCUCGACACUGUCUCUGUGUUCAAAGACAUCGGAGCUAACGCCGGAAUCAUCUCCGGCCUCCUCUAUUCCGCCGUCACCCUCGACCGCAACCGCCGAUGGCUCGGCAUAUUUGGGUCUCCAUGGGUGGUUCACGCUGCCGGAGCAAUCCAAUGCUUUAUCGGGUAUCUCAUGAUGAGGGCCAGUGUUGUUUGGUUGAUCCCACGGCCGCCGGUGGCUGUUAUGUGUUUGUUUAUGUGGAUGGCGGCUCACGCGUAGACCUUUUUUCAUACGGCCAAUGUUGUUCAUAAUUUUCGUGAUUAUGGUAGGACCAUUGUUGUAUUUUGAAGGUAUUCUGAGCUAUUAGUCCUUUGAUUUUACCUGGUGUUAGUUAGUAUGAUUUAUUUAAUUUGGGUGUAAUUUUACUGUUGUCUAGUGUUUGAUUGAUGUUUAUUGAGGUUUUGAUUAAA